AUUGCUUACGACAAGACGUUUCUUUCAGUCUUUGUAGUUUAUCAAAAUGUUUCCUCCUCACCUGGCAAGGGCUCGAUUUGAGUUUUUCGGGAGGAGUGGUGGUGAUUGGCGAUUGGUCACCGCAAACAUACACGGAACAUGUAGUCGCGGAAUUUUAAAUGACGGGUUUCGAUGAAGGAAUAUAGAAUUACAAUAUUAGAAAGCUUGUGCUGAUUCGAAGUCUAUUUUGUAAAUUAGACCAGUACUGGAUACAAAAAUCAAGCUUUACUAAUUUACUAUGGCUAAACAAACUGUUUAAUAGUAAUGCUGAUUGAUUUUAGACAAUUAUCUCGCAGCCUGCAACAAUCAAUGGACUGGCAAACCAUUGCAUUAACGAUGAAUCCCAACAACAUUCACGCUUUAAUCAGUCUAUGGAAGUGACUGAUUGAUUCAUGCUCAAAGAUGAAUAGGCUAAACUAAAUCAUAAAAUGUGCAUUAAAGAUAACAUGAUUUAGCCUAAAAUUAUAGCUACUACCCAUCCAACAAACCACAGUCGCGUCCGAGAUGACGUCAUAUUUAUCCGACUGUUUACAUGCAGAGGAGAACAACACAUGGCUCUAUUUCCAGCUUUUGUAAGAUUAUCAAAUACAAAACCUGAGAAUGCACCUAAAGUGAGGAGGUGCAGUGUCUGCUGGAGGGGUCUUUUGUGUGGCUGGACGACCUCUAGACCCCCACUGAUUGGCCCUUCUGCGUGGACAGAAGAGCAGACCUUUCCAACUUGGAGUACAAAUCGCUCUACAGAGAAGACAUCGCUAGCCAUCUUCCUCCAGCAGUGUCAUUUCCUCAGGCAUGCAGGCCACUCAGAAAAGGCUGUGCGCCUGUUCCAGUGCCUGCUGGACUUGACCUUCUUCAAGACACUGUCAAGGACCUAUCCACCAGACAACAGGUCUGGUUGCUAUGGCGACACCUUCUCCAACCUUCCAGAGAACGGCCUAAGCAAACGUAUUCGCUCACUGUUUGAGAACGCCAUAGCAACAGAGCACGGGGUCCCACUGUCCGUUGCUGUGGAGGAUGUACAUGAACUUCCUGGUGUCAGAAGGGGAAGUGGAGAAGGGAAGAGUGCUCUCCAGGAUGUCCCAUGGGCCAAGGGUUUAUACAUGGACACGGUGCAGCUCUUUCCUGAGCACGUGCAGGAGUUCCUGGACCUGAUGACAGAGAAGGAGCUCAGACAGAGUUCCCAUGGAGGAGGUGGACAUACUGCUGGAGGACUGAGGCUCUAAAACUCAGUGCAACAGGAGCCUGGCUUCCUCAGACACUACUGUGGACACCCAGACGUCGUGCACUGACCAAUAGAACAGUGUCCUCAGGAAAAAAUAGCAUUUUACUUUUCAAACAGUGUGAAUAAAUGAUUUUACACAUACGCUGUAUUAUGUGUUAAUUCAAAAAUGUCCAUAUUUUGAUGGAUUCAACAUCUAUUUUUAUAUCAAGGACUUGAGUUUAAACUGAUAAAAAAAAUAGAUUACUCUGAUAAUUUAAAAUGAAUGUUUUGUUUCCCAACACUGGUCUGCCAACCCUUAUUUAAAAAUAAGCUCUAAUCCUUUCACGCAUUGUGAAUCCUGAGGGAUGCUAGUGUGCAUUUCCUGCGGGAUAACGACAUCACAGCUAAAUGGUGUGGAACGGAGCACACCGGAGUGUACACUUUAGAGUCAGGAGGGAAGGAGAGAGGAAACACAGACAUGAGGGUAGAGAAGCUUUAUAUAGUCUCAUUACUGCUUAUCCUUCAGAGUAGUAGAGCAUCCACUCUGGCUGUCUCAGGUGAGUCUGACACUUUUGAUGACCUUUAACCUAUUAUAAUGUGCCUCUAUGAGUUUACUGGAUUGGCCUCUGCCUUUACAUGCUACUAACUAAAUGCUACAUUUCUACUUGACUACCAACUACUCAGGCUGUGCUAUGGUGAUGUAGAAUUCCAUUAGUGAAAUAUAUGGUAACAUGGAUAUCAUGUAGUCUUCAUAGCUUCUCACUUCAUAGCUGUAUUUGCUUUUUCUUGAAAUCAGAUCAACAUAACUUGUACCUUAUAUAUUUGAAAAUUACUUCCAUUCAUGAUGAUCUAUAUUCUGAUCACAGAUAAAGAAUGUAAUGAUGAUGCAUUUCCUGUCCGGGAAGACUGUGAAGUUGACACAGUGUGUGGAGAAGCUAUAUGUCAUCACAACCAGUAUGUCACCUGCCAUGUCAACCGCUGUGGCACCUGUGAACCUGUGUUCCGAGGCUAUGACAACAUCACUGUCAACUGUACCCAGUUGACUCCCAAGUGUCGUCUAAUACACCUGGAGAUGUUGAGUAAGCACAGGACAGGAACCAUGUUAACUGGGGGGAGUUUAGGGACAAAGUACCAUCCAAACUGUGAUGGAGCUGGUAUGUUCAGACCUAAACAGUGCAGAGAGGAGGACACCAAACUAUGCUGGUGUGUUAACAACGCUGGAGUCCCAGUCUCGGACAAGACACAUGACCCCCUCAAAUGUGACAGGCUGGUCACAGUCCAUGUCAUUGAUAUUCAAUUCACAUUUAAAGUGGAGUUCACACCUGUUGCAAAAACCAUGGAUGAGAUACGAAGGCAGUUGGUAUUAAAGCUGGACAGGGAAUAUACGCUGGAUAAAACACAGAUCCUAGACAUAACUGUGCGGGAACUGUACCAAGUAGUGUCCAUCCGGCUGACUGACGACAGGACAGACAAGGAGCCAGUGGACAUAGCAACUGUGGCCUACUACAUUGAGAGAGAUGUGAGACAUUUUUUGAAAAGCAACAGGUUUGGGUUUGAGGUGGACGGCCGGAGACUAGAGGUGGCGAGGGACUCCGUCAAGGUCCUAUUCUUUCACUAUGACCACCAACACAUGGACAUGAUGACCAUCAAUCCAGGCUUUGCUGCCCUCAUCCUCAUCAUUGCCCUGGCCAUUAUCAUUGGUGUUUCUGUGUCUGUGAGUAAGAGCAAAACUAAUUGUACACUAGAUUUAGUACAAUACCACUGCCAUCCUCACAACUUCUCUCUCUCUUUGUCCAUCACUAUUGUCAGGUGGUGGUACAAAGGAAAGCUCUGCUGGAGAGGAGAUUCCAGUUUGAAGUCAUUGAGGUUCAAGGGCAGAACAACCACCUGGAACAGCAAGAAGCUACCAUGACCUACUUUGUCAUGUG